AUGAUUAGGGAGGAGCAGAAUAAUAUGCUGUUGAGACCAGUUUGUAGUGAGGAAGUAAAGGAAGUGGUUUUCAAAAUGUACCAAGAUAAGUCACCAGUUCUUGAUGGAAUGAACCCGACUUUUUAUCAAAAGUAUUGGGAUAUUGUGGGGGUUGAUGUGGUUGAAACGAUCAGACAAUUCUUCAAUGCUGAAUCUAUGCCUACUGGCAUGAACGAGACGAAUUUGAUUCUCAUUACAAAUGAAGAAAUGCCCAGAGAAUAUGAGGGAGUUGCUUUCGAUCUCCUUGUGCAAUUCCUUCAUUAUUUCAAGAGGAAGCAGAAGGGUAGAGAUGGAUUUAUUGCCUUGAAGUUGGAUUUGAGUAAAGCCUGUGAUAGGGUAGAAUGUUCCUAUCUUUAUGCAAUAUUGAGCCUAUUGGGAUUUGUUGAUAAGGUUAUUCGACUCAUCUAUGGGUGUCUUUCUUCAGUUCACUACUUGUAUUGUAAAGCCAAUGAUAGGGAGGUUACAAUUGUUCUCCGUCUUCUUAAAAUUUUUGCUAAAGCCUCUGGCCAAUUGGUGAACUUCUCUAAAUCUUGUGUUUUCUUUAGCACGAAUACUUCGGCCCAAAUUUGUAGAGAUAUUUGUAGUCGUAUGGGGCUUGUUGAAGUUGAUGAAAGUAGUGAGGAUUUGCGGUUACCUAGUGUGGGAGGAAUAAACAUGAAGCUUUAG